UUGCUCCCUUCCCCUCUCUCCUUCCCUUUUUCUUUCAGUCGUUCUCUUCCAGCCCCUCCCUCUCUCUUGGUCAGUCAAUCAGGGCUACUCAAAACUGAAGGAGGGAGCGUCAGAUUGACAGACGGACGCGGAGGGCAACAUCUCUGCAGUAUCCAGGAAGACUACUUUUACAGAAUUCAGCUGGGAGGGAAAUAUUUUGUUUGCAGCACAGUCAUUUACGGCCCCCACAAACCACUUUCACAUCCUGAGGAUCUUGGUGGAUCUUUUUUUUUCCCAAAAUGCAGCAGCUUCUGUCAGAUGAGAAACUGACAUGACCUUUCCUUUGUUUCACUAGCGAUACUUUCCUCUCCUACCUAUUUGACCUUUAAAGUUUCCAUUGACACUGAAGCCCCUUGAUCGUCUUGAUAAAAACCUCCUCCUUGUAUUCAGAUCUGUACACCUCCUCCUUGUAUUCAGAUCUGUACACCUCCUCCUUGUAUUCAGAUCUGUACUCCCUCCAAACUUCCCUCUUAAAAAAUGCUUGUCAUUCCGUAUCUCCUGUUGUUUGCCCACCCAUUCCCUGCCCUCUUCACCAUGACUAAUGCCGAAAAAUCACAAAUGGUAAAUGACCCCUUAGGGAAUCACAAAUCUCCCAAAACUAUUAUUGCUGGCUUAAAUUCUCAAGGCACAGAUCAUAAACCUACUUCAUCUUCCAUGAAGCCCCCCCAGGGGACCGUUCAGAGAACCAUCCGGAACACCAGCCACAGACCAGCUCAGAAUCCCAUCAAGGUCCUGAUUUCGGACACCUGCAUCAAGCAGGACACGCAGGGAGACAGUGGGAGCUCUGCUCAAUAUCAAGGCAAGGAGCUGGAUCUGGACCCGGGCUCCCCUCUGGUCCUGACCCACCGGAUCAGCCUGGUUCCCAGAGCGUGUGAUGGGGGUUGUGAUGCUGAUUAUGAGGCCCUCCGGGGCCGCCUGGAGAAGCUGGAGAGAGAGGUGUCAACCCUGAGGGAGAAAUGUGGAGAUGCAGAAGGAGGCUGCUGCAAGCGAGGCACAGGUGCGGCCUGUAACGAGUGUCCGAAUGACUGCAGUGACCAAGGCCGCUGCAUAGGUGGAAAGUGCAUAUGCUUUCCCGGAUUCACUGGUCCUGACUGUAGCUCCCCCACAUGUCCCUCAAACUGCAACAGAGGGAAGUGUGUGAACGGACAGUGUGUUUGUAACCCUGGUUUCUUGGGACCAGAUUGCUCUGAAAAGGCCUGUCCCAAUAACUGCAAUAACAGAGGACGGUGUGUGAAUGGAAAGUGUGUUUGUGAUUCUGGUUUCACUGGACUGUAUUGCUCUGAAAAGGCCUGUUCCAGUAACUGCAAUAAUCGAGGACAGUGUGUGAACGGAAAGUGCGUGUGUGACUCUGGAUUCACUGGACUGGAUUGCUCUGAAAAGGCCUGUCCUAAUAACUGCAAUAAUCGAGGACGGUGUAUGAACGGAAAGUGCGUGUGUGACCCAGGAUUCACUGGACUGGAUUGCUUUGAAAAGGCCUGUCCCAAUAACUGCAGUAAUCGAGGACGGUGUGUGAAUGGAAAGUGUGUUUGUGACUCUGGAUUCACUGCACUGGAUUGCUCUGAAAUGGCCUGUCACAAUAACUGCAAUAACAGAGGACGGUGUGUGAACGGAAAGUGCGUGUGUGACCCAGGAUUCACUGGACUGGAUUGCUUUGAAAAGGCCUGUCCCAAUAACUGCAGUAAUCGAGGACGGUGUGUGAAUGGAAAGUGUGUUUGUGACUCUGGAUUCACUGCACUGGAUUGCUCUGAAAUGGCCUGUCACAAUAACUGCAAUAACAGAGGACGGUGUGUGAACGGAAAGUGCGUGUGUGACUCUGGAUUCACUGGACUGGAUUGCUCUGAAAAGGCCUGUCCUAAUAACUGCAAUAAUCGAGGACGGUGUAUGAACGGAAAGUGCGUGUGUGACCCAGGAUUCACUGGACUGGAUUGCUUUGAAAAGGCCUGUCCCAAUAACUGCAGUAAUCGAGGACGGUGUGUGAAUGGAAAGUGUGUGUGUGACUCUGGAUUCACUGCACUGGAUUGCUCUGAAAUGGCCUGUCCCAAUAACUGCAAUAACAGAGGACGGUGUUUGAAUGGAAAAUGCAUGUGUGACUCCGGUUUCACUGGACUGGAUUGCUCUGAAAAGGCCUGCCCAGGAAACUGCAACAACAGGGGGCGCUGCAUGAAGGGGAAGUGCUUAUGCCGGCGAGGUUUUACAGGGUCCGACUGUGGCCAGUGUGAGGCUGGCUUCUCAGGAUCUGACUGCAGCACUGCUCUGUCUGCGGUUACACAGCUGAGGACCAGACAUAUUUCUGAAUCGGCUGUCACGGUUUCCUGGACUCCUCCCUCGAUUCAGUAUGACAGGUACCACGUCACUUUUACCAGCAAGAAAGAAGGGGAUCAGAGAGUGACCACCACCGUGGCAGGACACCUGAGCAGCUUUACCCAGACAGGGCUAGCUGCUGGCCAGGAGUACACUGUGACAAUCAGGGGCGAGGAGGCUGGGACCAUGGGUCAGGAGAGUAGCACUGUGUUUACAACCCUGAUUUCCGGUCCCAAGAAUCUCCAUGUUGUGAAAACAACCACCACCACUGCAGUGGUCCAAUGGGAGCCUCCACAGGGAGACAUUGACAGGUACCACCUUUCUGUCUCCCCGAGUCAGACAGAUCAGGAGGGGACAGGGGCAGGCAGCAAGAACAGGACCCUGCCCCCUGACAGAAACUCCGCCCACAUUGAAAGUUUGGAAGCAGGGCGCCUCUAUAACAUCUCAUUGGUCGCCCAGAAAGGGAGGAGUCACAGCCAGCCUGUAACAGUGCAGGUCAUUCCAGGUCUUAAAUUAAUUCUACUCAGAAAACCAAAAGCCCAGUACAACGGCACCAGUACAAUCCGCAGAGGGGAUCAGAUGUGGCCAAAACAACCUGGGUACAAGCAACCCUUGGGACAGAAGAACCAAAUCAAUGAAUCCAUGCUACCCACUAUGGGUAAGAAGGAAAAGACACCAACAGUGGCACUGCGAAAUCUUGGAAAAGGCCCCGUGAAAGGACUCAAUACUACACAGCGUCCCACAAAUGAAGACAAACCGCUACCUUGUAAUGAAAUUCGAAGUUAUAUUUUAAAGAAACCGGGAUCACAACACAGAAACACAGCAGCUCCGGAAGGUGUAAAGUCUCCAGCUAGGAGAAAUGGCACAGAAACACACAUAAAGAAAUGUGUGAAAAAGGUUAAGGUAGGACCUGGUAUGGCUAGUGGAAAUGGAACAAUGGUGGGCAAAGACUUGGGCGGUAGAAGACCUACUCAACAUGACUUCAUAAACGGAUCAAGUGGAAAGAAGAUAUACGCAAUUGAUCGAACUGAUGCCUCCAAAACUGCAACGUUUCUAAAGAAUGGUACCAUAGUUAAGAGUAAAACAACUAAAUCAAGUAGUUUGGAUACUCCUCAAACAACGAUGAAUUAUACCAAGCAGGUAUUCACAACAGGUCCCAUGGCAAAGGCCCCAAGUGCUACAGAUUCAUCCCAGGUUUAUAGGCCUCAAAGCCCCACAGAUUUGCCCCCAUCAUUCUCUUCAUCCUCUCUGCCCUCUACAUCCUUUUCUUAUUCUUCAAGAAAGACAAUGAAAGACACUCAAGAGCCUAGUGCAAACCAGCUAACGGAGAGCCACCCCAUGGAUCUGGUGACCUCUUCUGUCUCUCUGUCUACCAUCCCUCUCUACACUCUUGCUCCUAGCGUCCAAGAGGCACAGACGCAUUCAAGUGUUUUGGAAAAAAAUGAAAGAAUAAAGAAGUUGCCAAUCCCACGCCAACCGAAUGGUACGGUUCCCUGGCGUCGUCCCCAUAUGGCGCCAUUGUACAACGGGACUCGCCCAAUCCACAGACACCCACACCAUCCUCCUAGGGGCCCUCUCCACAGACCCAAGUUUCCCAUAUUAAACAAAGGAACCAAUGGCAGAGUAGUGCUCAUCCCAAAAGAAAGGCAACUCAAUGACAGCAUAAGUCAAACAGACUCAAGAACCAAAAUAAUACACAGGAAGAUUGUCAAAAUAAACAAUAUCACUGAUGGAAAAAUUAGACAAGCUUUAACUAAUAUAGGGCAUGAACUUCCUACAAGUAAAGCAAGUCAAAUCAAUAAAGCAGAAGAUACAGAAGGUGGUGAAGAAAACAUUAAAGUUGGCCAAAGUAACAAAUUCACUAAUGACACCAAAAGAGAAGAUCCUGGUCUUCAUUCACUUGGGAUGAAAAAUGUAACCUCGAGAGGGUUUGUCCUGAUUUGGGAGGCACCAAAAGGAAUGUUUGAAAAGUUUAUCAUAAACCAACGAGAACUUAAGGAAGGGAAUUUAACUACAGCAGGCAAGGAACGGAGCCAAGAGGAGGAAAUUGGGGAUGACAACAAGCAAGAAGAGAAUGAAGAAACAAGUGAAGCCGAUGUGUCUGCAGACAAAGGAGGUAGAGACUUAGGCACUGUAAGCAGCAACAAGAGUCUAGCAAACGUCUCUAAGUUGGAUAUCAGCAGCUCCCGCAUUAAUGGCACUGUCGAUUCUCUGCCUGGACCUCAGUCGAGUCUUAAGCUGAAGGUCCAAGCCCAGCAGAAGUUCCCCCACGUGGUUCCUGGCACAACGCGCUCUCUUCAGUUCACAAACCUCCAUCCUAAGGCUCGUUACAAUAUUUCGUUGUAUGGGACAGGUCCUGGAAUCAGAUCAAAAGUGCACCAUCUCGUCAUUAAUACAGGUCCAGAGCCUCCGUCUGACCUGACAUUUAGCAACGCGACAGAUUCCUCCUUUUCUGUGUCCUGGAAGAAACCUACAAGCCCUGUGACCGGCUUCAAGGUCACUUACAUCCACACGCAGGAUGCAGAACCCAUAUCUUUGUCCCUAAAAUCCCAUCAGACUACUGUCCGGCUCUCUGCACUCACCCCUGGCUCCUUGUAUGAGGUCAGCGUGAUUUCCACACUGGACAUGAACGAGAGUGAUCCGGUCAAAGGUCUUGCUGUCACAGCUCCCGACCCCCCAACCGAUCUCCGAGUCAUCAACAUCUCCGACUCCCAGGCCCUUCUGCUGUGGAGGCCCGCCCUGGCCUCUGUGGACCAGUACAUCAUAGUUUAUGGUCCUGAGAAAGGGUCAGACGUGACGCUUAUGGUAACCGGCAACACGGCCGAGCAGCAGCUGAGAGGCCUGAAGGGCUCCACGGUCUACGCAGUGACGGUCAGCAGCAAGCUGGGCGAACAGCACAGCAGGGCAGUCAGCACACGCUUCACCACCGCUGGGGCUGGCGGCAGGGGAGAGGGACCUCGAGACCUGAAGGCCAGUCAGGUGACCCCACGAUCUGCUGUGCUGUCAUGGAAAGCCCCCACCACUGUGGUGUCGGGCUAUAAGCUGACCUAUCAGACAGCAGGACAGGGGACCAAGGAAGUGAUCCUUGAUGGCAGCGUGACCCAGUACAAGCUGAGGAGGCUGAGCCCAGCGUCGCUGUACAUCGCGCGGCUGCAGGGAGAGCGGCAGGGACUGCACACCGCCGCCGUCUCCACCGACUUCACCACGGGCACUCUCCGUUUCCCGUUUCCCACUGACUGCUCCCAGGAGUUGCUGAAUGGCAUCCCUGACUCCGACGAAACAGAAAUUUUCCCUAAUGGGAAUCGGGGUCCGUCUGCACUGGUCUAUUGCGACAUGGAAACAGAAGGGGGCGGCUGGACGGUUAUCCAGAGGAGAAUGGAUGGCACAACAAAUUUCUUCAGGCGCUGGAAGGAAUACAGUGCCGGCUUUGGAAAUAUAAGCGGAGAAUUCUGGAUCGGUAAUGAGCUGCUCCACAACCUGACACAGAUGGUGCCAAUGACGAUGCGUGUGGACCUGCGCUCGGGGUCCGAGGCAGCCUACGCUCGCUACUCCUCCUUCUCCAUAGACUCAGCCAGGAGGCACUACGCCAUCAAGGUGUCGGGAUACUCAGGCACAGCUGGGGACUCCAUGAAAUACCACAAUGGCCGGCCGUUCUCCACCCGAGACCGUGAUCCGUAUCCCUUCAUCACUCGCUGCGCCAUGUCGUACCGGGGCGGCUGGUGGUACAAGAACUGCCACGAAGCCAACCUCAACGGCCUCUAUGACACACACACCAACCAUCAAGGUGUGAUCUGGACCGAGUGGAAGGGCAAGGACUUCUCCAUCCCUUUCACCGAGAUGAAGAUCCGGCCCACGUCCUUCACCCCACCGUCUCAGCCCUAGGGAAGAGGGCAGAACGGGGAGAGUGCACCUUUCUGUCACCCAUCCCAUACCAUCAAAACCAUAGUUGUACUUCUACCAAAUUUUUAAGCCAAAGGAAAUCUUAAAAUGCAUACAUAUCCUGAACCCAACAGUAAUACACCUGACAUGAUGUUCUAAAGUGAUAUAUGAUAUAUGGACAUUUAUUGAGAUGUUGUACAGUUUUCUUUUGUUAUAUAUAUAUAUAUUUGUGCAGAUGAAUAUGCCAAAAAAAAUUCUUGGUAAUUACUUUCUUAAUCAAACAUGCAGUGCAGCCUUGAAAAUGUUUGUAUUAUGCUGUCUCCUUCGUUUACUUCUGAUGCCAGUUUCAAAUCGCUCCAGUCCAGUAAAGCUGUGGUGGAAUGAGGCUCUGACACAAACACGAAAACUGUGAAUAUCAGAAGUGAACAUGAUCAUUUCAGUGCAUUUCAAGGUUUCUUGUUCCACAUUGCAGAUAAACAAGAAAAAGAAGAGAAGGGAACAAGCACUGUGGCUCAUUCGAGGCUUUAGGACCAACUGAAACCAAACAUAUAAGACAAUCAGUUCAACUUAAUGCUUUACAUGCUUUGCAUGAUUGCAGCUCAACCACGCCACACUACCCAUUUUUCCAACACUAUUGAAGUAUCUUCUAUUUAAAAAAAGGCCAGGUUUGGAUUUCACCACAAUCAGUUCAAGCCAAACGGACAGUGCAGCACAGUAUUAUUUUAUGUAUGUAAACAUGACUGUCUAAACAAUUUUGCAUACAGAGUAUUUGUAAACUGAAUUAAACCUGAGGCUGCUGGAUUGGACUGGGACACUUGCUUGGUUUAUGCUGGAUGUUUGCAUGAUCAAGCACAAGGGAACAUUUAGUUCUGACUAAAAGAAAAAGAGAUGUGACUGUCUGGGAUUCUAGCAGCCUGAACAAAAUUCUAACGGGCUGCACUGGACUGGAGUGCAGUGGGGGGGGGGGGGGGCUCACAAUGUCACAAUGAUGCAUGAAUAAGGACAGAAAAUAAAUAUUAAUCAGAAACAGUAAAAGAGAGCAGAGCACGUUUAAAAACUGGGGACACGAUCAUAAUGAAAAUAAGUCAUACCUACAUUUAUAUUUCACUGUUGCAUAUAAGUAUUCAGAUUAUAAAGAAUUGUAAGUAUAUAUAGUGGUUUUGAUUUAUACAUUUGUCAUACACUUAUAUGUUAGAUUUAAACUAUAUGGAUAAAACAAUAGGAGUUUAUGUGUCAAUUGAAAUGUAAUUUAAACAUUUUUUGAUGCCGGUGUUUCUCUUUGGAUGGAAUUUGUUAUCUUUUCUGCACAUGAUUCUGCUAGUAAAUAUUACAUAAAUACAAAA